AUGACCAUAUUCUCAAAUGAUCCUGCUUGGUGGCCGACCAUCAAUGCGUAUCGUUUUUCCAGCUAUUUUUCAGUUGCUGCCUUUGUUGUAGUGACGUAUGAUUGGGCACUUACAUUCGCACAAGAGGUUGAAUUGGUCUGGAGGCAACGUUGGUCCUUGAUGACAGUUCUGUAUCUCGGUGUACGCUACCUUGGAAUCUUAUAUGCUGCGUAUGUCCGGAAGCCUGACCAUCCUGUCCCAUAUUCCGACCCUCUCGCUGACAAAUACAGUGAGUCUUCUGCGCAGAUGUCUGCUAUUCCCCUCCAAUUAACUGUGGUUCCCUGUAGGAAUGUGAGCUGGAUUGUGUACGUCGUAUGGAAUUGGACGGGUGUUGUGAUAUUUGCGUUGCUGUGGGUCACCAUCAUCACUCGGUUGUAUGCUAUGUAUCAACGAUCUAGAAAGAUCCUGAUAUCUCUCGUUGUCACCUUCCUGGUUCUCAACAUUUUCGAUGGAGUGGUAGCUGUAAUGGCAAUGGUACAUGCUUCAGGGGAGGAAAUCGUUUUUUCCGGCGCUCAUCAGUGCUGGAUUACCUUCACGGGAGAUAUCCUAUUUCUGAAUUCUGUUACUUGGAUACUCGGAACUGUGUGGGAGGUCUCCGCGCUAUGUCUCGCAGUCUGGAUUGCGGUAAAACACUUCCGUGAACUGCGACAGCAUUCGGCAGGAGGGAUUAUCGGGGAGUGUUUCACGGUGUUGAUGAAAACUCACGUGCUUUACUUUGCGAGCUUUGUCGCUGUUUCGUGCUUCACCCUCGUUCUUGAUUUCUCUCCAACAUUCUCAACGUUACAAAAUUCCCUGGGAAUCCAGACUUUUUAUGGGUUGCUUCAGAUUUUGGAGAUCAUGCAGUUGUUUGUACUGGGACCACGGCUGAUUCUUGGUGUUCGAGAGUAUGGCGCCAAGCUCGUGGCCGAUUCCAACACAGCUAUUGCAUCAAUUCGUGCUCUCCGCAAGUCCCUCCUCUCCUCGUCAGUCAUACACGACCACCCCUCAACAGUCUCCGACAGAUCCUCCUCGAUACGCUCUUCCAUCUCUAUUUGCUUCUUGCUCUUCUUCGGCGGAGGUCUCGGUAAUGGUGGUGGAGGAGUCCGUCAGUUGGGGUGGAGCGGUGCAAUCCGCGAAAGCAUCGUGCGCGAAGACUUCACCAAUGGCGAAUUGGAAGGACUGUUUGAGAACGGUGAAUUUGGUUGUGAGUUGACACGCCGGAUGAGCUCUGACAUUGGGGUCGACUUGGGUUUGAUGUUGAAGGCGGGUGACUGGAGAGUGACAGACAGAGCCUGCUUUGGUGGGGCAGCCACGCUUUUCGGGGAAAUCUUCUAG